UGUUCCAUCCUCGAAUGCUUUUUAUCAGUUUAACAUUAGCACAAAUCUCUUAAGUGUGAAACAGAGUUGUCACUUUGUGAUUUGCCAUUUCAAAUGGCUUUGAAUAGUCACGCCAGUCUUUAGCACAUCAGGCUUGCGUGGCAUGAGCUGAUCUGAUCUGCUUUCUGUUGUUUAUCUUUUUCUGUUUGUCCUGCUGUUGCUUAUUUCCCCCUUCAGAAAAUUAUGAAUCAGUUUUAGCACAGCGGAUAAUCGCUUGAUUUAGAGGCUCAACAUCGUCUGGUGGAACAAAUGCAAGAAAUACAGAGAGUGAAAGAACCUGGAGAUGUCUCAGAAGAAGAUAUUCCUAGUAUUGAUUGCAAUCAGUACGGUCAGCUUGCUUCUGCACCAUGGGGGUCACUUGAACUUGACGCUGGAGGCAUUCUGGUUGGGCUGUCCAUCCUCCAUGUCCUCCUCAACCCAGGGCAGCGGUGGACCUUCUGCUAAACACACCAGUGUAGCCUUUCUUAAGACGCACAAAACGGCCAGCUCCACUGUGCAGAACAUCCUUUUCCGCUUUGCUGAACGCAACAACCUCACUGUGGCGUUGCCUAUUACCACCUGUGACCACCAGUUCUGCUACCCUCGACCGUUCAGUGCCCACUUCAUUCACCCACACACCACACCACCUGACAUCAUCACCAAUCACUUACGAUUCAGCCGGGCUGAACUACAACGCCUCAUGCCCAACAACACAAUCUACAUCACGAUAUUGCGGGAACCGGGAGCGAUGUUUGAGUCUCUGUUUACCUACUUCAAUCAGUACUGUCUUAGCUUUAAACGUGUCCCAAAUGGCUCUUUAGAGACUUUCCUGGACCACCCUUGGAGCUACUAUCAUCCAGAAGAGAAGGAUUCAAUGUAUGCGAGAAAUACACUGACCUUUGACCUAGGCGGUGAUAAAGACCGGCCAUCUUCGGAGGCUCCGGCAUAUGCCAAACGAUUCGCUGCAGAAAUGGAGCGAGUUUUCUCGUUAGUUAUGAUCUCAGAAUACUUUGACGAAUCCUUGGUGCUGCUCCGCCGCUUACUGUCUUGGGAUCUCGACGAUGUUCUGUAUGUCAGUCUCAACAUGCGCACACCUGACUCCAAGAGCAGCCUUUCCACUGAAAAUACGGCCAAAAUCAGAGCCUGGAAUGCUAUAGAUUCGGUACUGUAUGAUCACUUCAAUGCCUCAUUGUGGCGACAGCUGAGAGCGAUGGGACUAGCGUGCGUUGAGCGGGAAGUCCAGCUGUUGCGUCAGUCUCGUGACCGACUUGUCCGCAGCUGCUUUGGAGGGAAUUUGCCACCGCUGCGCUCUGCUGCACAGAUCACAAAUAAGGAAUUGCGGCCUUGGCAGCCCAGUGCCAAAGUGGAAAUUGUUGGGUAUGAUUUACCAGUUAACAUGACACAAAAAGGCCAUGUUCCUCCACGAGACGAGUGUUUAAAGAUGGUAAUGCCAGAAGUGCAAUACACACGGCUGUUGCUGCGCUCAGAGUCCCUACGUUAUCGAAAGCGGUUUCCAUUACGGAGCUCCCAGCAGACUUUACGAACCGUGGGACAAGUACGGGCACACAAAGAAUCCCCAGCUCCGAGUUUGAAUCCGCGACCCUCAGAGACUAUGGCUCGGAGCACCAAAGGAGCGCUACGGCUUUCCCAAUAAACUUCUUUUCUUUUAUUCCCCGUUCCUUGCAGCUAAAUGUCCAUGAGACGUUGGAAUUACUUGAAAGCUUGAGGUCAUACCUCAUUUGUAUCGGAUGUGAGCACAACCAAACGUACACUCACAACUCUUGUUCUAAAAGUUAGAAAAAAUCUUUGUGUGUUUCUCAAAUUAAAAUGUAAAAAGGGUGAAGGAAAAUAUAUUUUGAAGUCUAAAUGCCUGACAUCUGGAAUGUUUCUCAAUAUCCCAAGGACUCUCUCUCCACAUAUAUACCAUCACUUACUGUUUGCAUUUAAGCCAUUAUUACCCUGCUGGAAAAUCCCAAAUCAGUUUUAAUUUGAUACCUGGUUUUACAUGGUUUCUAUCUAGUUGAAGCUAAUCCCUUACGGUCAUUGCUGGUCCAAGAUUGUCUAGAGGGUAAAUGAGCUGUAUUACCAGCUGGCAGGUCAUCUUGGUCAAGCUUGGUUAGACUACAAGCUACAAACCAGCUUGGCGUGAUCUUGUUUUUCCAGCAGGGUCUUAGAAUAUCUCUUUGCUGGUGUUUGAAGUUAAGACUAGAGGUCGAACGAAUUGGGUUUUUCACUGGCCGAUGCCGAUAUUUAGAAAUCAGGGCCGAUUUUUCUGGCCGAUAUGUUUGGCCGAUUUUCUUUUUUUUUUUCAUCUCAUAAAAGUGAGUUUGAGCAAAUUAUUAUUGCAGGGUACAAGAUAGUAAUAGCAGAAGUAGCCCAAUUUAGAGUAAUAAUACAUGGCUCAAAACUUAAGCACCUUCUCAAAACCAUUCUGAAGCACACUUUUUGUUUAUGUUUACUGACAGACACCAGUGUUUCCCACAGACUGCAAAUUAAUUCUCUGCCAGCAGGAUGCGCUGUUGGAGUGGAGAUGUAGCGGUUUCUCCGGUAACGGCUGUAAUCAAAUAAGCACUGCUCACAAACGCUACUUUAUCAGGCAUUACAGGAAAGACGAAAUGAAAAUGACAUCAAAGCUUUUCUGAGGACAGUCAGUUCUUUUCAAAGUUAUAUUCAUAUAAAAACGCCUGUGCUGCAUUUUAAUUCUGAAACGUGAAGCGCUCAUUUUAUUCAACGAAGUAUAAGAUUUAAGAAAAAUCUAUUUGUGGCGGUUUUGAUAUAGUGAUGAGCCGUCACAAAUAAUUAAAUGUAUAGGAAACACUGGUCACUGCUAAAAAGUCAAAUGGCCAUAGUGAUAACAAAAAUAAAAGAUUUCACACAUAUUACACAGCCAGCUCUGCUCCUAACUGCUUAAGAGUGCGCUGGCCACGAGCGAUGACAUCUUGGAGGAUAUUGUCGGACCUACACACACAUUUCAUGAGGAAAGUUAACUUGCACGUUAUAAUCAUCACAAAGGUUUCGUAUAAAUUGAACGUGUUUCUACUUUCACAUGCAAAUGACUUGUUGCACUUAUGAAUAUGAUAACUUUCCGGCAUCAAUUUAAGUAGGGUAAAACGUAAUUCCGAAAUGGGAUAUUUUGCCCUGCCAUUAGCUGAAGUUGUGUGUAAACAAGCCGCUGCUGCAGAGUGUGAGCUGCUCCGUCUCUCACUCAGCGUCAGAGGGAGUUCCACAACAAAGCUUAGCUGCCCGCCAGUGCACCUGCCUAUAAAUCGGCCUAAUUUGCAGCACAAUCGACCAAUGCAGAUUAAUUAAAAAAAUGCCAAAAAUUGGACAAUCAAUCGACCUCUAGUUAAGGCUUUUUCUGGUAAUUGCAUCUGGCCAUUGUUAGGCUACCUUUUUACCAACAGCGCUCUGUUUGAGCGUGAUCUUUUACACAUGCUUAUCAACAUACUGACAGCUGCACCUGAGCCACAAAUCACCAUAAUUGACUCUUCAGUUGUGGUCCAAAAACCCAGCAUCAUGUGUCGAUGAUAAUGCAUCCGUCUCGAAGGACAUUUAAAUAUUUAAUAAUUUAUUCUUUAGCCUCUCUUUGGGCGACGCUAGGGUUACACAGCCCUGCAUUUUUAUGAGGCUGCUACGUACCAGGCCAGAGAAGUUCAGCCUCAACUAGAAGCUGGGAAUAGUGACAACUCGUCUACGUGGACCCAAACGAGGUCAGUAAUGAAGAACCGCUAUACGUUAUAAACCAGGAGUAAGAAGUGUGUUAGUUUCAUCUUUAUGUUUUUUGGGGAUAAUGCUUAUACUGCAGUGCACUUGCAAAUAUUUUAACUUAUGUAAUUAAAUUAUAGUAGGAAAUACAUCUCCACAUUGUCCGUUUAAGACAUACUCUACACACAAGUAAGCAAACGCAAAAACUUCUAGCUGUGUGAGAUUGAUUUUAACACCCGUGUUUGCAUACUUGUGUAGAGUGUGCUUUUGGCCUAACGUCUCUUUACUGGAGCUUCACUUAACAAAGGCACUGUGAUGUAGAGGUACUGGGUGGUGACCGAGCUAAUGGUGGCCACCCACACAAAGACUCGUGCCAGUGGAAUGUAAAAGCAUAGUCUGUUGACUGUGUCUUUGUACUUAAAACGCAACACUCCCACCUUUUAAGCCAGUGCUUAUCAACUGGUUUGCUUUUGCAACACAGGACUGACUUUGAAAUAAAUUUAUACCAAAUUACCAUAGAGUAUGACUGGACGCAGAAAAUCAGACCUGGAACCAACUAGUUGAGAACCACUGGUUUAGUGCUGUAUUUCCCAACUCUGUUCCUGGAGGCACCCCAACACUACACAUUUUUCAACGCUUCCUAAUCAAACACACCUGACUCAACUCUUCAGUAGAGACUUGAAAUGAAAUGGAUGGGUCAGAUAAGAGACGCAUCCAAAAUGUGUACUGCUGAAGUACCUCCAUAAAAAAGGGUGGGGAAACACUGAUUUAGGGUACCAAAUAGAAACUGAAUACCUCUGAAAGAACAGCCUCUUAAAGAACAUCAUUUCUAAUAUCCGUUUCUUUGCUGUUCAAAGCCACAAGGUUUGUUCGGUAGAGGAAUAUAUUUUUGGAUGCUAAAUUUGCUACUCUCUCCCAAACUUUCUGGCAAUAAGAAUUCCCUUCCUUUUUUUCUAAAUGAAAAGUCAUCCUUCAUUUGGUAACAUCUCGUUAUUGUAUUUCUUCAGAUGUACUGUAUUGUAGAGAAUAGUAUCUGGAGCAAUAUAGCAAUGGUAUACAUCAUAAUGGAAUUACUAGUCAAAUGAAGGUAUGUAGAUCAAAGCAUCAUGAGCGCCAUGAAACAAUUCACACAUAAACCAACUCCUUUUUUCUAGGAGUGCUAGAUGAUACUUAAAUAAAUACUGUUAGUGUUUGUUGUGAACAUACAGUCUGGAUCUACGAAUCCCAAAAGACAACAUUCUCAUUUUCUCAUGUUUCAAAAUUAGAAAAACCUCGGAUAAUAAAUUAAAACUGUUGUUAGUGGAAGCAUCUCUGUCCUUAAAGACUGUCAAGCCAUUAGACAUGUAGAAAGUGCUCUUUGAUUGUAUAUAAUGUACUUUAUGUUGAACAUAACACAAUUUUGAGUUAAAAUUUAAAGAUGAAGUUUGAACACGUGACUCGUUCUGCAUUCUUGUUUGGGUUAGAAAACCUCUCGAUAGAUAACACUCCUGACAAUUCAAGGUUUUUUUUUUUUUUGUCUGAUGUAUUGUAAGAGAAAUGAGAAGUAAAGCAUGGAGUGAUUUGCCACAAUUUACUGUAUACAAAGAAUCUGCUGUUCAACUGGACAACUUUUUCAUGAAGACUGUGAAGAGAGAGAUUUUCAUGCUUUUUGUGCUGAAUGAUUAGAUGACAAUAGAUGUUUUCCCGUUAAAUUCAUCCUUUCAUACUCUAUUUAUUUAACUGCUACAUAUUCAGUGACUUUUAUGGGCUUUGAAUAAGAUGCUUCUGACAAUCAGAGGUUGGCUUCUGAAGCUGUGUAAUAAGACAUGUGAAAACAUUGACCAUUAAAGCUGGAAAAACAACAUCCUUCUGUCUCACGUGC